UGCCAGGAUGAUGGGCUGCUGAUCCGUGCUAGUGAGGGCUUCCACUCAUGCCCAUCUCUCCCCCAGCCCUUUGGAGACCAGAGGGUGCUCUCCUGCCCCAUCCCCGGGGGCUCAAAGAGAAACAGAAACCAGCCUUUUACUCUAGAUAGAGAAACCCAUCUUGCAUGGAAGGGCAGGGUGGGCGGGCCUGGAGACUGGGGCGGUGGAUGGUUUAGCCCACGGGGAGGAGCACAGGUUGAGGUUUGCUGGGAGGAGGGCCUCUGGGCCAAGCACUGCUCUUCUCUCCUCCAAGUCUCACCUCCAGCUCCUGGACCCAGAGCAGGGACAUGCCCCUGUGUCUCUCCAUCCAGGCCGCACAAGAGACCUGACCUGUUCCCAUCAGCCUCUGACCGCUGACCGCAGCCCAGCCCCUUAGUGUCCCUGGCUUCCUCCCUGGGGACCAAGGGGAGUCAGCGGGAGGAGCUUCUCUUACAGUCAGAAUUCCUUGGUGGAAUGCAGACAGCUGGAGGUCACAGAGUCCUCUAUGAUCUCACCACGAGGGGGAGCAAGCCCACUUGGAAUGAAGUUUCUUUGAUAAGUGGGAGGAGACGGAACAGCUAUGAUGGAAAACCGAAGGACUUGGUGGCAGCAGUGGACCGACAUCAAUAUCAAACCUUUGAACGUCAUGAGGGCCACUCACGAGCCCUACGCCCGGCCAGAGGAGCAAGUACUGAUCAACCGCAGAGACAUCACUAGCACGAGGGAUACCUGGGACAUGCAGGAGUUCAUCACUCGCAUGUACAUCAAGCAGCUGCUUCGUCACCCAGCCUUCCAGCUGCUGCUGGCCUUGCUGCUGGUGGUCAACGCCAUCACCAUUGCUCUGCGCACCAACUCCUUCCUUGGCCAGAAACACUAUGAGUUGUUCUCUACCAUAGAUGACAUUGUGCUGACCAUCCUUAUCUGUGAGGUCCUCCUCGGCUGGUUAAACGGCUUCUGGAUUUUCUGGAAGGACGGCUGGAACAUCCUCAACUUCCUGAUCAUCUUUGUCUUGCUCCUGGGGUUCUUCAUUAAUGAACUCAGUUCCAUCUCCAUCACCUAUACCCUCAGGGCGCUUCGUCUGGUGCACGUGUGCAUGGCGGUGGAGCCUCUGGCCCGGAUCAUCCGUGUCAUCCUGCAGUCGGUGCCUGACAUGGCCAAUAUCAUGACCCUCAUCCUCUUCUUCAUGCUGGUGUUCUCUGUGUUCGGGGUCACUCUCUUUGGUGCGUUUGUGCCCAUGCAUUUCCAGAACAUGCAGGUUGCCCUGUACACCCUUUUCAUCUGCAUCACCCAAGAUGGCUGGGUGGACAUCUACAGGGACUUUCAGAUGGAGACAAGAGAGUACACAAUGGAGAUUGGGGGUGCUGUCUACUUCGCCGUCUUCAUCACCAUCGGUGCCUUCAUUGGCAUCAACCUGUUGGUCGUUGUGGUGACCACCAAUCUGGAGCAAAUGAUGAAGGCAGGCGAGCAUGGACAACUGCAUCAGACAACCUUCCGUGAGACAGGCAAGGAGGAGGAGGAUGGAAGUAACUACCUGCCACUGGUGCACUGUGCGGUCGCCCGUUUGGAGAUGUCUGGCCUCCCCCAGGAGCCACUUACGGGGGGCAACCUGUCUAACCUCUCGGAAAACACCUGUGACAACUUUUACCUGGUGCUCGAGGCAAUACAGGAGAACUUGAUGCAGUACAAGGAGAUCCGAGACGAGCUUAACAUGAUAGUAGAGGAGGUGCGCUCCAUCCGCUUCAACCAGGAGCAGGAGGAGGAGCUGAUGCACAAGCAUGUGUCCCUGAGCCUGUCGGUGGCGAGUGGGUCCUCCCUGGACAUCCACGACAUGACUUGCCAGCAAGACUUGAUCACUGCGCUCAUCAACAGGGAUAAGGUUCAGGAAUCCAACACAAACCUGCUCCUUAAUAAACACAAGGCCAGCCGCUGAGAGGCAGGACGGGAGCCAAGGGACCUGCGCACACACACCCAGCGGCUGCAUCUUCCUGCACCUCUAGUGUGACUUGGCACAGCCUGAUCUGAGCCCAUCCUCUCCCUUACACCUCGGCAGAUGCCUGGGGCUGAGAAGGGGGUGGCAUGUCCAGGGCUUGUACCUGUGAGCCCCAGGUUCAGAGGAAUUCAGAUGGACAAGGAUGCUGGAUGAGAGAGGGAGCCCCACAGCAAGGAUGAGCACCUAGCGGGGGUGCUGGCUAAGGCAGCCAGGGUUUGUCCUAAGGAUGGGCAUCCCUGGUCCUCUGCAUUAGGCCAGAGCUAGAUGGGGCCUAAGUAGGCUUAAGCACCAAGAGGAGAAAGGUGAGGCCAGUGGGGCCAGGCAUCUGUGUAUUGACAAUAAAAUUUUGCGUUGGGAUCAA